AUGUCGGGACAUAGAUAUAUCCAAGGCAAAGACUUAUUUGAUGAUGAUGAUGUGGACGACGAUACUUUCGUUAACAGUUAUAGGUCAAGGAUUCCACCGCCAAAACCAAAACCUAGUUCAUCAUCACCUUACAUUGCUGACUUAGAAAGACAACGACAAACUAUGCUUGAAAAACAAAAAGAAAUUGAACAACGUACUCUGGACUCCUCGACAAGGAGCAUUGGUUUGUUGCGCGAAUCUGAACAAAUUGGAAUUGCGACUGCUGAAGAACUUACCCGCCAACGUGAACAGUUGCAAAACACAAGCAGGCGACUAGACGAAAUAAAUACAAAUUUAAACUAUAGUCAAAAACAUCUAAACGGUAUUAAGUCAGUAUUUUAUGGAUUCAAGAAUUACUUAUCAGGUAAAUCAGAUCAAACUCCUCCAAAAAGUCAGGCAUCUCCUAGCUCUAACAGUUCUAAAGCAGGUACAAGCAGUAGAUUAGAUGAUACUGUAAAUACAAUGAGUAUAAGUGGAAUUGAUCAUUUUGGUACCCAUCCAGCAACUCGCUUAAGAGGUCUAGAUCAACAAAUCACUGCCGAGCCAAUAUCAGAUACUCAACGGAUAAAUAAAGUGUUAGAUGCUAAUUUAGAUGAAAUGGUGACUCAUAUUUCUAGACUCAAAGGUCUUGGAGUAGCCCUUGGAGAAGAAAUUGAACAACAAAACCACCUUAUUGAUGAAAUUCAUGAUAAAGUUGAUGUUGCAGAUAUAAAAAUUGGACAUCAAAAUAAACAGAUGAAUAAACUUUUAGGAAAA